AAAACAAUGAGCUCAACACAGAAGGACCUGCUGAGACCAUUUCAGUAAUCGUCUUCUUAACUCAGGACCAACAUGGAGCGAGAAGCCAGCGCUCUCAGGAGGCCGACAAACAUCACAGAAGAAAGAGGGAGAAAAAACACACCUGUGACGAGUGUGGGAAGGAGUUUACUGUGAAGGCUUCACUAAAACAGCAUCAGGUCAUCCACAGUGGAGUUAAAGCAUACAGCUGUGAUCAGUGUGGGAAGAAAUUUGCUUUCAAGGAUAAACUAAAACUUCAUCAGUUCAUCCACACUGGAGAGAAACCGUUCAGCUGUGACUUGUGCGGGAAGUCUUUUUCCACGAAGGGUUACCUAAAACAACACCAACUCAUCCACAGUGGAGUUAAAGCGUACAGCUGUGAUCAGUGUGGCAGAGCUUUUACUUUCAGUAGCAGCUUACAGAGUCAUCUAGUUACCCACUCUGGAAUUAAGGCAUACAGCUGUGACGAGUGUGGGAAGGGGUUUUCUCUGAAGGCUUCACUAAAACGGCAUCAGGUCAUCCACACUGGAGAGAGACCGUUCAGCUGUGACUUGUGUGGAAUGUCUUUUUCCUUGAAGGGUCACCUAAAACAACACCAACUCAUCCACAGUGGAGUUAAAGCGUACAGCUGUGAUCAGUGUGGCAGAGCUUUUACUCACAGUAACAGCUUACACAGUCAUCUAGUUACCCACUCUGGAAUUAAGGCAUACAGCUGUGAUGAGUGUGGGAAGGAUUUUACUGGGAAGGCUGAACUAAAACGGCAUCAGGUCAUUCACACUGGAGAGAGACCGUUCAGCUGUGACUUGUGUGGAAUGUCUUUUUCUUUGAAGGGUCACCUAAAACAACACCAACUCAUCCACAGUGGAGUUAAAGCGUACAGCUGUGAUCAGUGUGGCAGAGCUUUUACUCACAGUAACAGCUUACAGAGUCAUCUAGUUACCCACUCUGGAAUUAAGGCAUACAGCUGUGAUGAGUGUGGGAAGGAUUUUACUGGGAAGGCUGAACUAAAACGGCAUCAGGUCAUUCACACUGGAGAGAGACCGUUCAGCUGUGACUUGUGUGGAAAGUGUUUUUCCUGGAAGGAAUCCCUAAAACAGCACCAACUUAUCCACAGUGGAGUUAAAGCGUACAGCUGUGAUCAGUGUGGCAGAGCUUUUACUCAUGGUAGCUACUUACAGAAUCAUCUAGUUACCCACUCUGGAAUUAAGGCAUACAGCUGUGACAUCUGUGGAAAAACUUUCAGCCAGAGAGGAAGCCGAAAUACACACCUACGCAUUCACACCAGACAUGAUGUGUACUGCUGUGAACAGUGUGGCAAAUUCUUUGCUACAAAUGCACACUUACAACAACACAUGUUUAACCACACUGAGGGACGACCUUAUAAAUGUGACCUGUGUGAGAAGACUUUUAAAGCUCCACAUAACCUGAGACAACACCAACAGAUCCACACCAGAAAGAGACUCAACAAGUGCAGUUAG